AUGAUUGGUCUGAACCCUGUUCCUCGCGGGCCCGGAACGGACCCGUUAGAUCGCACGGCUCCUUUUUCUGGUCCCGCAUGGCAUAUUCCCGACAUAGACACUCUCGUUGAUCUCCUGGAAACCGAGAUUCAGCAAGGCCUCAAGUCGACCGUGACCAUGUUGUCCACGCUGACACCCGUUCCGGACUCGCACACACACGGCCGCGUGCUGGUUCUUGACUUGGGCGGCUCGACGUUCCGACUGUGCAUUUUGGAGCUUUUUGGUGAAGGCCAGUACGAGAUACUGUGCUCGAGAGAAUGGCAGCUGGAUAACAAGGAGAUAAACGUGUCCUUCUUCCAGAGUCUCGUGGACCACGUGAGCACGGCCACUAUUGACCGCUACUUCCCGCACACUGUCACCGUCGGUCUCUCGAUCUGUUUCCCGUUCAAACAGACGGAACCGAACGACGCGUAUUUGGACGUUGUGGGCAAGGGUUUUAUUUUGGCAGACGAAAUCCGGGGAAAAAAUAUAGCUGAUCUGCUGCAGCGGCAGCUGGAGACGGCGACGCGAAAACGGGUCUGUGUGAAGGCAGUGAUCAACGACGCCGUCUCUGUGUAUGUUGCUGGCGCGUAUUUGUACGGGUGUCGAUUGGGGCUUGUUUUGGGCACGGGGCUGAACGUGGCAGCCGGCUACCAGAACCGUGUGCUCAACACUGAGAUGUCCUGUUUUGGCAGCAGUCUGGUGGAGCUGCUCACGCCGUGGGACGUGAAAAUGCAGCCUGCGUACCGCGAGAGCCGCAAGGCGCACUUGCAACUGCCGCUGUUCCAGCCAAUGGAGUAUUUGUGCUCCGGCCGCUACAUAGGAGAGCUGUUUCGGGUCGGCGUGCUGGACCUGGCGCAGCGGGGGCAGGUGUUCAACGGGCAGCGUGUUCUGCUUGAGAAUGCAUACGAGCUGACGGGCGAGACCAUCUGUCGAAUUUACGAGGGCAGCAGCGGCGAAAUCGCCCAGAUCUUCGCCAAAUACAACGUUGCAGUGACAGAGCAGGACGUUGCUGUGUUGCGCCGCGUAAUAGAAAGCCUAAUUGGCCGUGCGGCAGCCGUGCUGGCGAGCUGGCUGGCGGCGUUCUGCAGAGUACAAGCCCCCAGCACACACGGGCCGGUGCGCAUCGGAUACAUAGGCUCGUUUCUGGAGCAUUUUGCGUACUACAGGGAGCAGACACAGCUAUUUUUGGACGCGUACAGCGCCAGGCAUUCUGGCCUGCAUUUUGACAUCCGCCUCAUCCCGCACAGCACAGCGCUGGGAGCUGCCAUUUCCGCAAGCCAGAAAAGCUAA